AUGGCCUUUGCAGGGCCCCCAAGAAGCGCCUGUGCAAACCCCGUAAAGAGCUUUUGUGCAGCUCCAAUUAAGCCCCAGAUUGCCCCUAAGAAAGCCCUGAGGGCCCCAAAAAACGCCCCUGCAGGGCCCCCUAAAGAGCCUCUCCAGGGACCUCCAAAGGCCGCCACAGGGCCCCUAAAGGGCCCCUUGAGGGUCCCUCUACAAAGCCUACAAAGGAAGGCCUUUGGGGGGCCCCUUCAUAGGAAGUGCUCCGCAGGCCCACGGGGGCCCCCCCAGGCCCCUGCUGCUGCAGAGGGCCCCCAGAGGGGCCAACUGUGGGGCGCAGGGCCAGCAGCAGGAUCAGCAGCAGGACCAGCAGCAGCAGCAGGAUCAGUAGCAGCAUCAGGAUCAGUAGCAGGAUCAGGAUAA